AUGGAGGAUGCAUCACAGGCAAAGGUAGAUAGGGAUUUCAAAGGUACACACCUACUUUCCCUGAAAUAUACUGAUACUGAUACUGAACCGUGCGCAUUGCUGCGGGACCAGGCGUGGGAAUUAAACACGGUACAAAGCUACCAUACGGUCCAGGGUAAUUAAAAUCAGAACUGAUUAAAUCUCACUGAGCAGUCGGGUGAAGCGUACUGUAUCCUUUGCCUAAACUGUCCUUUCUGUUGCACAGGUCCGACUAAACACGCGUUCGGAUUGCGCAUACAUCAACAUAAGCUGGCUGUGCGACUGGGCGACGGAUUUAGCACAAUGGGUCCGGGGUUUAACUUCACAAAUACGGAGAUAAUUGUCCAUGUCGAUGCAAGACAGGUAGCGGAUUGGCUGAGUCCUGGCACUCCGACGCGAACUCAGUCGAUUGAUGUUUCGAUCUGUCUCCGGCCCAGCGCCGUUCACUUCUGGACCGGCGUCACGGAAAUUUUAUUGAUCCCCUAAAACUGCUGCUUAUUCUGCUGCUUCUAUCUCCAACGAGGGGCUGCUGAACAAGUUCGGAGGCAUAUACGAACCAGAUCGGUCCCAGUGACAGAACAAUCCACACGUUUGCCAAUAGAAGCGAAGAGACGAGUCCCAGGAAGUAGUCUUAAAGAAGGAGACACGAUCGCCGGGACAAGAGUUAUAUUAGCCUGAAAUUUCGGAUUCCUACUCGAAUCCAUCAUCAGAGACAAAGAAGCAGAAUCCACACCUUUCCUGCUUUUACCUACACGCGUAAUGCGAACAUCCGCCUCACCUCAAAGUCUCGGUUACCCCUGUAUGCAUAUGCUAACUUUGUUCGGAUUUUAAAGACUUUUUGUUGGAACAUUUAUACCGAUCCCGCACUUUUUUGCAACAGUCAUACUUUAAUUUUGUCCCUUUUGUCACGGCGUCCUUUAUGGACGGCAUGAUUUUACGAGACCUGCGCGCUAUUCCGAAAUUCAGUAUAAUUCAGUUCUUGUAUCUUCUGUGUGAGUUUGACUUAUAAGGUUAUAUACUGUACGAUCAGCUUAAUUAAAUCGCCUUUUGGAUAGCUUUUGCUGAUUUUACGGGUAGUAUUUGUAGAGUCAUUUAUUUCUGUUUGCUGCCCUACUCCAUGCCCUCUAGAGAUUUUUGCUACGUACCUCAGUAUUGACUUGGGCAUUACACACUCGUUAACCAUAGGAAGCGCGUUUUGAUAUUGCGGACAUUGCGGGCUUUAUGUUUUACUCCACAAUUUUGAAGUUUUUGUGAUUAACGUUUCUGAGUCUACUGCCUUGGACGAUUCCUCCAAAUUCUUGAGGUCGAAUUCCGCGUUUGGACGGAUCGGCGUCAGGCGGCCUUUGCAAUUUGGUUUGUUUGGCUUCGUCUGGUCUCCGAGGCCUUAUCGGGUUUCGACGCCAAAGUUCGACUAAAAAGUGAGAUCGUAUUAAAGUUUCCCAUUGUCCGCGCCAACAAAUCUUUUUCAGAUUGGUUAACCUCCCGUUUUUCAGAUGUACAGCUAGUCAAGUAGCAAACGGUUUCCAUCAAAUUAUUUCCCAAGGGCAUAAUUUCUACAAUUGUAGGGGUUUAAGCCCCUAGUUUCUCAUACUUCAAACUUUGUACGCAUUCUAUAAGUAUCGACUCUUCCCGCCUUUCUUCCAGUAGCUGUUAAUGAUGUCAGGAGCACAACGUGCGAAUUCGCACUGGGCGCAUCCAUUGUUCACCGUUGUUACCAACUGAAAGACUAUAUAGGCCCGGAAUUUUUCUGUUAGAUCUCACGAACCUAUUAAGUAGAGUACAUCUAAAGAAUCCUGACUAGGGAAUGUUUAUGGUUAUGUCGAUUUCCCCUUUGGCACAUUUUUACACUUUCUUAUUUUAAGUAGGCUGCGUAGUAAUGGCCAUCCUGGAAAACCAAGAACAUGCUGAUGGAGACAGUUUGAGUGAAUCUGGUCAACGCUUCCUUACGCGGCAGCAGGAAAGGAACAGAAAAAAGAGAUCAAAGAAGAAGGCAGCGAAACAAAGGAGAAAGCAGACAAAUCCUGACGAAACUCUUAGCACCCUACAAUAUCCCAGUAAGACGUCUAGCCAGAAGUCGAGCGAUGAUGAGGACGAGGAGCUCCCAGUUUUUGAGCUCAAGGGCGCCUUUGAAAGAUUCAAGGUAACUUGGCAACCCCGAAUUAAAUACCCGUAGUCUCCAUUUCUGGAUCUAAUGAAAUCCAAAACCCUUGAAAACCUUAGUACUGACCUUUUCAUUGUUGAACGAGUGUCUGGUGGAAAACUGACGCCGGCGAUGUGCGUAACCAAAUCGUCUCGGAAGGUAGCUUUCAGCUAAAUCAUCAGUCGGAGGUGUCUCCGAUCGACCAUAAAGUUCAGCAUCAAUCGUUAUUCGUGAACCGGAAUGCCAACUUUCUCAGAUACACCAGUCGUCAGACGCCCUAAUAUCUCUCAAAUAAUCAUUGCUUAGGGUCCAAGCUCCUCAUCUGUAAAGCAGGACAGUCCUGACCUUGUCCACCUACUAGACUUUGACAGCAAACUUUCCAGUGAGCGACUGGUGGCCUGUCACUGAGACGUUGGUAGCUCAGACAACUUGAUGAAACAAUACAGUCGGAUGCCUCACACCGUUCGCAGUCCAGGAAGGGAGCUAACUUUGUGCAGUUUGGAGCCGUCGAGCAGCACUUUGGUUCUUUUACCAUUCAGGUUGGAGCCGAUUUCGCUGGACCCGACGACAGGCCGUUUCUUCAAAGAAGUUUCUGAGGGACGAGAUGUCGCCGAUACUGUCAAGGUCCGAGACGCUAGAGCUCUGUGCCGCUUGGUUGUCCCGCACUUGAUAAGUGUCGUUGGUAGAACCGAGUGCAUUGCUUAUGUAGGGUCUAGAUGCAGGACACGGCGUUACUGGACACCAGCGCUCACAGUUAAGUACUCACUCGCUUCACCAUAAGCACAAGAUCCGAGUCUAUAGUGGGCUUUGGCUAGGCCCGUGGGUUUCGGGGACACAAAUAGUUUCUGUGUCAUUUCUGAGGACAUUUCUGCCAGCUAAAUGGAGCAUUGCAGUGAAGCGUUGUCUUUUUGGAAUCUUAUGUCUUUGCUCUGAGGUUCGUCACAUGAGAAAUACCUGGUUAAUGUGGCCUCUGUCAGGCGGAAACCGUCCUGAUUUACAUCUCUCUGCAUCUGGAAAUAGGAGAAAAGUUCAGGAGGAUUCUGAUGAGUUUCGAAACGACGCCGAUUAAGCUGAUGCAGAAUUAUGCCAUGUCUAAUUUUGUGACGUAGGUUUGUUAGACUCAUUUGUUUCAUUUCUAUGCAACGCUUCCAGUGUUUUGCAUUUACGAAGGACCUUUCGUAGUCGCUCAUAUAGGACGUCUGGAAAGUGAUCAUGGACUACAGAUGGUAGUCCAUCCUCGCUAGCGACUGUGUUUUCUCGAUUUCGCUGGAUUGCUUCCCUAAUUUUGACAGCAUACUGACAGCUGCAGUCAAUCAUUGAGACGCUUUGCGGGAGCGACUGCGGCAAACGUACUGCCAGGCGCAUCUAGCGAUGACAGGUUAAAAACUGCAAAGUACUCCUUUGAGCACCGCGAUUGAUCAUUUCGGGACGGGAUCGGUAGUCUUCUCUUCAUUUCGGUGUUCUGGCUGACUUCGCACCCUACACAAGUGAUCAGGCGAGUUCCAGGAAACAGUUCAGAAAAAGUGCGAUCACUGGAACAAGAAGUUUAUUAGUCUGACAAGACGUCUGCGUGCUUCUUCUUAGGGUCUGACUUUGCCCUAAUUUUAUAAAUUUUUGCCUUAAGCGUUUGCAUCACGGUCGAAAAUUGCCCAAAAAAUUAGGAAUGUUGCAGGCAGUGUUGUGACUUCCAGGUGUAAAUUUGCAGCUCUAAGCAUGCAUUUCAAUCUACUAUCUCUUCCUAGUUCAUGAUUUCCUUCUUAUUCAGAUGACCGUGUAUGUUGUUCACGGUGGGACAAGGCCGAAUCAAGGCAAUCAUAUAUGCCGAUUGUAUCAGACCGGCUUUUUUUUAAAACAGCUGGUGAACGCGUAUCCAUCUUAACCACUCCGGUUUUUAUGCUAUUGAUUCCCGGUGUUAGUUUCCUAUUCUCCUCGCCCCCCGUCCCUCCCUUCCCCAGUUAGUGUUUGAAGACGAGACGGAGAAGGGCGAGGGUGCUGAGGGAGCUGCCGACGGCUCCGCCAACGGUGCCUCUUCGACAGCCCCUAAGUCCAUCGGCCACCCCGACAUCAACCUCAAGGCGCGUACUGCUGCUCUGCUCGCCGAGGAGGCAGCAGCCAAGGCAAGUGCACAGGCGGCCGCGGCUGCAGCGGCCAGUGAGAGCAAGAAGAAGAAGGGCGAGGAGGAGGGAGAGGCGCCUGCUCCGCUGAGCAAAAAGAAACUGAAGCUGCUCAAUCGGCCCAGCGUGGCUAGUCUAAAGCAGGCCGUAUCGCGGCCUGAUGUGGUAGAAAUGUGGGAUGUGUGUGCCUGUGACCCCCUCCUGCUGGUCUACCUCAAGUCCUACCGCAACACAGUGCCAGUACCGAAGCACUGGUGUGCUAAGCGGAAGUACUUGCAAGGAAAACGGGGUUUUGAAAAGCCACCCUUCCGUCUGCCUGAAUUCAUUGCAAGGACAGGCAUAAUGGAAAUGCGUCAAGCGAUUACGGAGAAGGUGAGUGGACAACAUUGUUUUUUGGUGAUUUUUUGCUUACUGAACUUGCUACCCCAUUGAAUUUUUGCAACCGGCGGUUUCUUCACCGGCUGUCAGAGGAACAGCCGCUCAACUAACCAGUCAGAGGCUGUAGGUUAGGCUUUUCGCUUGUUUCGGUACCUUGUGACGUUUGCAAUCGUUGAUGAUUUUCACAAUUUCGGAUAAAUUUUUAGCCAUACUGUUUCAUCUCACCGUCUUCGCCACGCGAUUACGUCGCUUUCGAAGGUGCUUUGAGCGUUUUUUUAUCCAUGUGGCGGCUAACGCAUCUUUAGUAAGCCGAGCACACGCCAGUGCUUCGAACUUAAACGAUUGUCGAAUUGAUAAAAAUGGUCAGCCCACCAUUGCGGUGUUCUUCACAGGACAGUACAUGGGGAUGCUGAGCACACAUGCGGGUCCCGACAGACUCGCGAGGCCGUAUCAUGCCAUCCAGGAGUGGCAUGCAAGGCGAUUUAAAAACAAACCACCUUUCCCAGUCCAGGGUUGCAGCGCUGCUCGAGGACCUCGAUCGUAUCAUAUUAUCGCGGAGAUCUCCGUAACAAGUCGUACUUUGUGCUUUGGAUGUCUAAACCAACUAAACCAAAAUUCAUGCCACCAAGAACAACUACAGUACCUCGAUGCUUCCUUAACCUCUGGCAUUUGGUUUCCUUCGCCCGCGAAAAAGACUAGGCUGAACUCAGUUGAUUCACUGCCGCAGAUCAUCAGGCGUUGAAGGACGCUAUGUGAGACGUAAUUGAGAACAGUUCUAUUGGUUAUUAUCACAGCCGUAUCAAAUACCGGUAACGUGCAUUUCACAGGCUGCUGAGAACCCCGUCCCUCACCAGCGCACAAAGCGUGGUUUGAACUGUUGCUUGAUGGCGAUGUCAAUAUUGCGACCACUCGUUCGCUUCUACAUGGACUGAGCAGGGACGUCCGGUUCCCCGGAAAGACGGGGCUUGCCGAUAGCUGCGAGGAAACGAGCACCUCACUAGGUAGUACUGGCGACCGCCGUCACCAACAACGGGCCUCAUCCAUUGGAUAUAGAAUUUCUUAAUGACGGUUAUCGAACAUCAUGUAGGAGUCAGUUUUCCAAGCCGAUCGCCAGCCAUGUUGCGCAAGUACCACCACUGCGUGACCAGCGGUUGACCGUUCAUCAGGGUUCUACCCACCCUUGUUCUAGCGAAGUGGAAUUAUCACAUUGAUAGAGAAGAUGUCCUCUACGUGACUCGCACCGGCGUCCGUCCGGUUGACCAAUUCGCGGAGGACUUGGGGAAAGCGGAUCUGUAGUGCAUCUCGGAUCCUGCGGGGUUGACUUGCCGACUGACUGAACCUUCGACUUCCAGCAUGCGAUGCGCCCUCAAUGUACACCAGACCGAAUCAGUAAUGGAAUAUGGCUUCACAGGGCAGGAGGACAAUGUGUGCCAGCGCCUUCCGUAUGUCCGGUGUUCAUAGAUUACGCAAGUAGUUUUGUCAGCCUCUACGCAGUUGGUUCUGUACUCAUUUGACCGGAGAUGCGUGUAAUGCGCAUGUAUAAUGACGAUAAUGGACAAAAUUGAACUAUCUACUUUGGAACGCUGUGUUCCUAAGACAAUAUUCGGGAAACUUCUUUCGGUACUGCAUAUCCCUGAUAUCAAGGAUAGUCAUGGCGUAAAUCCACUGCAAGUCGAACCCCAGCCGGCAAUGAGCCCUCUCGUCAGUUCAAAGUCGAUAACUCGUUUCGACUGGCUUAUAGAAAACGAAAACAUACGUACAUUCAAGCCUACUGGAAUGGUAGGGUUACGAAGUAUUAUUGGCUGGUAAGAGCGCGAAUUUAAAGACUUAGUUGGAGUUUGAAGCCACAUACAACAAUUAUGAGUACGGAACAUGCACAAAAAAGUCCUCAGACAAUAUCAUGUCCACAUGCUACCCCUGGCUAAUACAAUUAUUUCUCCUUUUGCAAAGAUUGGGGACCAAGAUAGUCCAGAAAGUCUUACGGUUUUUUUUACUGAAAUCGAUUGUGUCUUCAGGGCUCAUCACCCGAGUAGUCAAUCCCUCACCAAAAGCAGUCACAGCUGUUUACAAUCUGUGAAACACCCAUUUUUGGCAAGAUAUAUUCACUUUAGACACACAUACGGAUUUAUUAUCAUUGGAGUUGCCCUGUAGGUGCAGGUUAUUUGUAGGUGCUGGUAGUGAUGUUAGAUAGAUGGGAAUCGCACAGAAAAAUGUCAUGUGAGUUUUUACCAAACAUUUUUGCCUGCCACCCACAAGGGAACCGUGAUAGCUUACUAUCAAACCGUAAUUUACUCAAGACUUGACCCAUCGGUGUAUUAUUAGCUGCCCUCAUUGUCGCUGUCCAGGAGACAUGUUUUCACCGGUAACGUUCUUUCACCAGUCGCCCCCUCCUUUCUGAGAUUAAAGACUAUGGGUACGUCGGAUGGCAGUUUGCCUCGUGACCUUACCUUGCAGCCUCUGGGGAUCAUAAUAUGUCUGCCAAUUUGUUAGUUUUUUGUGCUAAUUUCCAAUUUUCCAUGACUACAGACCUUUUCUGCGUCUUUGUCCUUCCAGGAGAGCGACAAAUCUCUGAAAACGAAGAUGCGAGAAAAGAUCCGACCAAAGAUGGGCAAAGUGGACAUUGACUACCAGAAACUGCAUGACGCCUUCUUCAAAUACCAGACGAGACCGAAACUCACGCAACAUGGGGAUCUCUACUACGAAGGCAAGGAGUUUGAGGUGAAACUGAAGGAGAAGAAGCCCGGCGCUCUAUCAGAGGAGUUGCGCAACGCUCUUGGCCUGCCCGUAGGACCGGUAUGUGCUUGCUGCUGCCUUCCAUAACUGAUAGUAGAAUUGCUCCAUCUAAAGCCUUACUCGGAAGUCCGCUGCCUCACGGCCGUCACAUUCAGAUGCAGUUCAGGGCCUCUUUGCAGGCUCAUUCACCAAGUUGAGACCAAGCCAAAUAAAAGUACGCAUUGUGAAAACAAAAUAACAAAAAGGUGGUAGACUAGCCGGUGGCUGGUAUGUUCCCUCACGCCUGAGACUGGUACACCGCUUGACGAGUAGGUGCUCUUCCGGCAGACAAACUGCCUGGUUUUACUUGCUACUCAUUUGCAUUCAGUAGUGGCUUUUGGGCAAAUUACGACAGUUCGACCGUCGCGACCAACUAUGUCCACAGUAGGGCGAGAGCAGGGACGGUGACCCACGCAGGACUUCCUUUAUAGUGAUAGUAGACUUACACUGCAUUUACCGCCCUCUCCUAUUUCCUCACCUGGACCGGGUGCCAAAACAGAGUCAAGAAGACUGGAGGCGGGAGAGAACGCAGUUGGCCCUCAUGGUAAAAAUCCCCACCUAGGCCCACCACCGCUCGAAGACAUUGCACUUUGUAACGACGACGAACCGGCCACCGACAGGCAGGCCACCGAAAGAAAACGUGAGAAUUUUGCAUACUGUACCGGAGACCAGUAUCACAGUUUUGCAGCUAAAGCUUGUUGAGAGAGGGUCUCUAGAGGACUGGCGGAUUGCGCGGUAAAAGCCCCACUAAAUUUUGGAAGUUCCUCUAAAACCUACUAUGCAUGUCGGAUAUACGUGGGCUGAAAACAUGGCCAAAGAGCGCUGAUCUAGCAAGCAAUCAACAUUGUUAAAAAGUGGGAAAAUUUGGACUUUCAUUACCUUCGUUUCAGCGUAGGUUGAACCCUGUUUUGAAGAGCCGAAUAGCUUAACUGAAAGCGACUAAGCGAUCUAAGCUUUUCAACAGUGCUCCUGCACACUUGGACAUGCUUUUGAGUUCAAGUGACACAGGUUCAUAAGUCUUUUCGACUUCCGAGUUGGUCGGCGGCACUUCCAGUUCUGGGUCAACGACGACGCAUUUACCGCUGGAAAAGCUGCGUUAGCUGUCUAACAAUGCUGUUGCAUACUUUUUUUCCAGAAUGCCGAUCGAUAUCCACCCCCAUGGCUUAUUGCGAUGCAGCGUUAUGGCCCACCGCCCUCUUAUCCAAACAUCAUAAUCCCCGGCCUGAAUGCGCCCAUCCCCAGUGGUUGUGCCUUCGGUUACCAUCCAGGCGGUUGGGGCAAGCCGCCCGUGGACGAGCUCGGCCGACCCAUUUACGGCGACGUCUUCGGCAAUGGCGGCAAUAUCGCUGGAGUGCCUCCCCCGCCACCCACAAGCGGUCCGGUGGACGUAGCUGAGGAGCAAGGUGUGUUCAUUGUUGUAUAGUUGGUAUCGUUCGCAAACCACCACCACCACCACCACCACCACCAUUUAUUUUUGUAGUGCUUAAGGAAUUUUACUUUCCUUCAUCCAGCUGUGGGUAAACAAGGCUUCUGGGGUGAGUUGGAGUCCGACGAGGAGUCUGAAGAGGAGGAAGAGGAGGAGGAAGAGGACGAGGAGGACGAGGAAGGUGGGCCUGCGGCUCCUGAGAUCCCACCGGGAGAGGUCAUCCAGCCGAUCGAAAAGAGCGUUAUCGAUCUGGGCGGCCUGGUGACUCCUGCCAGCGGGUACGUAACCUAAGAUGUCUUGAGGAAGUCACGUAAUGCAUGCAAGCCAGAGGAAUUUGGGAGGCUCAUUUUUUCCGGAUCAGUGGGAGUAGUGAUAAAUUCAGCAUAUUACCUAUGCCCAACGACACAUACGGAGGCUAAUCACCAUCAGCGCAUUUUCGUCAUCUCAAUUUUUGUGCGGAAGUCGGCAAAGGGAGGAGUACCUCUGAGCCAAGGGCUCGUUGGCCACUUACACUGUUUCUGCUCGCUUUCAGACUCCGUUCUUCGCUUAUGAAUGCACGGAAGAGCGCCCAUAUAAAUACCGAUAUUGUGCUGAAAUUAUUAAUUUUUUUGCUCGUUCUACUUCCGAACAAGAUAUGCACAGAAGCUGAACUACACGAAAGUAGUGUUUCAUAUGUUCAUAACUGGAAAUGACCAUUCGGUGGUGGUCAUUUAUGUGGCAUCAGGUAGCAUUUUUCAAACGGCAAAAAUUUUUUAGCCUACUUGAUUGAAGGAGUCCCUGUCUGCGUUAUUACUGCUCUUUAGGGCACCAAGUCGUACAGAUCUGCUAAUAUGACUUUUAAGAAUUGAUAAAACCUCUGGUUUUCUUAAAAUAACCUUUGUGUUUGCAAGUUGAUUACCACGGUUAACAUUGGACAUCAAAUAAAUUUUCAAGUUUGACUAAAUCUGUUUAUUAAAACUCUCGCGGGCAAAUUACAUUCUCUUCAAUUAAAAACUCGCUCAGAUAAAUAACCGGACUCUAGGACAUGUAUUAGCAUAGGAAAUUGCACGAAUAUAUUCCAACGUCCAUUUUCGCCAAAAUUUGCUGAUAUUUUGCUUGAUAUAAUUACGUAAACACAAUUUCUGCACAAGAAAAGGACAUUUUGUUGAAGGAAGCGUAUGAGCAAGCAAAAUACACAACGUUAAACACGUCCAGAAAUUCUCACAUCAGUUUCCGUUAUGAGGUUUUAUGAGAUAGGUCACGCACUGUAUGUGCCGGCAACCCUUUUUCCUCAGUCUUAAUGUGGCUUUUUUUACCCUUAAACAGACUCAUAACUCCCAGCGGAGUUAGCAGCGUCGGGGCCGGUCUGGAUACGCCCAAUGUGAGCAUUGAACUGCGCAAAAAGACCAUUGAGGAGGCGAUGGAAAGGCAGAGUGGAUUUGCCACACCUACGGGCACGGGUCUGGCCGCCGGACAGCUCUACCGCGUUCUGCCUGAACGUGAGACAAAUAUCCAGGCUCCGGCAAUGUUGGGCUCAACGAAACUCUACGAUGUCACUGGAGUUACUGGAGCGCCUCGUGGAGAAGAGGUAGGUUGCCUGAUAAUUCAAUUGAGUCGACUCGAGGGAAAGUCUGAGGCAUUUGCCUUUGCGGUCCCUACUUGUGCGUGGUCGUGCCGAAAUAACAAAUCCACCAAAACGUGUUACUGAAACAUAUUAAGUAGCGUGAUGACAAAUGGUUAAUGCCGGCCGGAUGCGCUAGACGAUACGUCGUCUUGCCUCCAGGUAUUUGACGAAAAAUGUACAAAAAUACUGUUAGUGAAACACGGUGGGUAGGAAAAGGAGCGUGUCAAUUUUUGGCAGGAUGGUACAAGAAGAUAAUUGAGUUAGGUUAUGAUGGCGUGGUGGUGCGUAUGGCUGUGCGGGUCAAGUUACCUAAAUCAGACCCCUAUACUUUCUAAACUUGUUUAUUUGAAUGCGCUAUGAACUCCACCCCAUGCCGUUCUCGGGGCUAGUUUUCGAGGAAGAUGGAACUGUUAUGUGAGAACUGAUUUAUGUAAUUGAGCGGAUGCAUAGCUUUUCAGCCUCGAAAAAUACAUAAAAACUUAUCCUACCGGAAGCCGCAUAGAAGCUGUAGUAAAAGGAAGACGGAGAUUAUGUCCUCUGGGAGGUUACAGUCCUUUCCGAAGUUCAAGGGCGUGAAUUUUUUUAUAGUGAUGGUAGAAUUGGAUUGUGGUCUUCCACAGAAAGUUAGAUUUGGGAUUUUAUGGAAGUGGGGGCUGUACGAUGGUCGAGUUAUUGUGCCGGUUAAAUAUAAGGCGCCAGUAUCGCGGGAGCUACAUUCUGGACAUCCGGGUAUUGCGCGGAUAAAACAGCUAGCAAGAAAGUAUGUUUAUUGACGAAAAGAUUGAAACUUUUGUUCGUGGUUGUGGCCCGUGUGGACGGUUUGCAAAGAACCCUCGAAAACCCCACCAGCGCCGUGGCCGGAAGCCACGAAGUCCUGGAAUAGAAUCCACAAAGACUACGCGGGUCCUUUUUAUAACAAGGUGUUCAUCAUCGUGGCCAAAAUGUCUAGAGAUUUUCGAUUUUUCGGUAAUCACAGCGAAAACACGGUAAGGAAGACUGAGGAAUUGAUCUCGAGGUACGGAAUGCCGACGGCGAUUGUGACCGAUAAUGGGACCCAGUUCACCUCAAGCACAUUCUAGCAGAUGUACCAAAAAUGGGGGAUCAAACAUACGGCGUCGCCGCCUUUCCAUCCUCAAUCAAAUGGCGAGACCGAAAGGUUUGUUGGCACCUUCAAAAGAGCAGUGAGAAAGAUGUGGAACUCAGGCGUCAAGAUGGAGCACCUGAACACGUUCCUGUUGGCCUGUCGAACGACGUCAAAGACUGAGCUAGGUGGAUUAACUCCGACCAAAAUACUUCUGGACAGAGAGCCCGAUGUGCGUCUGCACUACCUGAAACUUGUGAUUCAAGAGGUUCGGACGCGAAAAUCCUGUUUCAUAGAGGGGAAAGAUAUAUACGUACGGAAUUACGCUCCAGGAGCAGAACCCUGGACAGGGUGGGCAUUGCCCAUCGACCCCAGGCAACAAUUCGUCGCCGUUUGAUGCAACCCAAAAACAUACUGCCACCCACUGAUACCUCAGCAGUUGUGUAUAAAAUGCGUUGUAACGAUGGAGACUGCAACUACGUUGGGGAAACCGGACGGAGAUUGCAGACCCGCCGGCACAAGCACAAACUGGCAACUCGUAGACUAGACCCAAACUCACAGCUUGCGGCUCACAUCGGGGAAUCUGGUCACAGUUUCGAUUUUCAAGGAGCAGCCGUCGUAGGCGGGGGCACCUCAAGAAUUGAGCGUCUCACACUUGAGGCUUGGUACUCAGAUGCCAACUCCAUGAACAGGCAUCUAGAUCUUCCUUCGGCCUAUAAAGUCCUACGUCACUGCAUACGCUGUGACGAAGACAAGACAGUCAUACGGACCCUAAGAAUACCGAGCAAAUACUGCCUGUCAACGAAUUCACCUGAAAGAUGGACGCGAACGCAACUAACCCCAAUUGAGGUGACGACACACAAUACAGGAGCCCACCAACGCUCACAGGCGACGGCCAGUAGGCCAAGGCAGGGAAAGAAGAAAAAAAUCGAUCAGUUGAAGGCCAACUAAUCCGGCUGUCUAUUCAAAAUUCUGAUCGAAUUUUCACUAGACGCUUUGAUAAUGGAGAGCCGCCCCAGCUCUUCGAAACGUCAGCCAAACAAGUCACUCGAUCCGGUAAGCACUUCAUAUCCCCCAGAGGGUAUAAUCAAAAGGGCACAUGGUGUAGUUUUUGGAGUCGAGACAAAUAGAUUACGUGUGGGAAAACACGCGAAUCGGCUGAGGCAUCCAGUGAGAUCCGACAACCACUUGGCCCUGAACCUUCUUUGCGACACUUUCAGUAUCGCAAACCCAAAGGUUAAACCUCCAGCUAUGGCCCGGGUCUCCAGAACUAGGAGCCCCCCCCCCCGAGUAGACUUAUGCCCCACCCAAAUUGUCGAACUUUCGUAGUCCACAUUCUAACAGCAGGAGGUGUUAGGACGGCCCAUAACAUGACGUACCGUUCCCUGUCGUCCGGCGGUCAUGCCUGACAAAGAACCGCAAACCCGCAGAUCAGUCUCGCCGAGCGAACCCACGCGCGAGCCAGCAAUUAGCGCGUCGCCGAGUUACGCGCGUCAACAACACACGAGGGUCUGCCCAUGCGGGCGCUCAUGACUGGGGAUCUGUAGGAACAUACAAACCCUUAACUACGAAGCCACGGGCAGAAGGAUUGAGAGCUGAUGUGCACAGAGUGACUGUGUCACGGUAAAGCUGUUCUCUGCUAUCCUGUCUGUCUUCUAUUCCGCACAGAACUGACUUAACACUAUUGGGGUAUAUGAAACAGGGUCCUAACACUAAGCGUCAGGCAGCAGAGGUCGGAUACAAAGCCCCAAACUGGCAUUGUCUACGCCCCAGUCACCAGGUCUCUCCACUGUUUUUUUUUCACAGGCUGAAGAUCCCCGCGAGCGAAUGCUACGAAAACGACCCGCCGGCUCCGAAUCCCAGCAGUCCGCGAAGGCGGGCACCGCCAGUGCCUCUGGUACCGCAUCCGGCGCGACGAGUAGUUCUGCCGUUCCUACAGCCCCCAAGAAGUACAAGGAGUUUAAAUUCUAG